AGUUCGCAAACUUGUCCUGAAGAAAAGUGCUACAAGCGCCCCUGCGCCCGUGAUAUGGCGUAUUAAUAUUAUAUUUUCGUUGUGAAAGACCUUUAUUUCAGAAAUUAUCAUCAGAAAUAACUUAUUUGGGAGCACUUAGUUGGAAACGAAUAGACAAUGGCUCUCAUCAGUGCUGUGGCAUCCAACAUGGUCAGGCGUUUGCCUAAACAGGCCAUCUUUAGCGUAACAACUAUGAGAUACUCUCAUGAUGAUCCUCCUUAUAUCCGUAUCGAUCAUUGUCCAAACAGAGAGCAAAUUGGUUAUGGUGUUUGUAGCGAAAAAAUAUAUUACGAUGCUACUGAUUACCCAGUUCCUCCGGUGCGUUAUAUGGUAGAAACGCCUGAGAUUUUGGCCCUUCGCGAAAAAGAGAAAGGUGACUGGAAAAAAUUGACCGUCGAUGAAAAAAAAAAGUUAUAUCGUGCUAGUUUCCGUCUCACUUUCGCUGAAAUAGAGGCACCUACCGGUCGCGGAAAAAGUUAUUUCGGUUGGACAUGUUUCUUCUGGGCUGUCGGUCUAUGGUUUUCUAUUUUGCUUUUCAAACUGAAAAAUCGUGACAAAAUGCGUCCAUCGUUGAGUUUAGAAGCUAGACAGGCUCAACUUCAAAGGUUAAUUGCAUUGAAAGCUAAUCCAAUCACUGGUUUAGCAUCUAAAUGGGAUUAUGAGAAGGAUGAUUGGAAAAAAUAAUUGUUAUUAGUCAAUCGUUUCGUAUAACUUUAGCUUUUGUAUAAUAUAACUAUGAAUUUAUUUUGCUAUUCUUGAUAAAGAUUUCGAUUCCGUUUUGAGCCAUUCAUGAGAUGAAUUAUUUAUCAAAUGUAGUAAGAAGUAUGCGUGAAAUAUUCGAUUCGUCAUGCUCUUUUAAAACCAAGUAUUGAAUCCGCAUUUUGAAUCAUUAUGAGCACUGUUUGGAUCAUCUAUCAGUUCCGAUUUAAUGUACUAUUUUGGAAAUAAAUGUUACAGUAAUAACGAA